AUGGGCCUUGAUCAACUUCAACAGAUUGAAGUAAAGAAUUGUGCUUUGAUUGAAGAAAUCAUUACAAAGGACAAAGGAAAGAAGACAGCUAUUGAUAAAGUUUUCAUCCCUCAUCUGGAGUCUGUUGUUCUUGAGCUAUUGCCUAACUUGGCAAACUUCUAUUCAGGAACUAACAAUCUGGAAUGUCCUUCCUUAAAAAGUAUUGCUAUAGCCAACUGUUCACAGAUGGGGAUGUUUGUUUUUGCUGAUUUGAAGGAGAAUGACCAUUCUGAACAUACUCCACCUCUUUUCAGUGAAAAGGUUGCUUUUCCAAGCUUGGAGGAGAUGGUACUCUUACACAUGGAUAACUUGCAGCUGAUAUGGCAAAGCCAAAAACUUCAUGUGGAAUCUUUUCACAAACUAAAAGUACUGAGAAUUGAAUCCUGUGAAAAGUUGUUGACUAUUGUUCCAUCUAAUACUCAAGGAAAUCUGACCUUUCGCUAUCUAGAGAGAUUCACUGUUAACGAUUGUGGGAGUUUGAAAAGUCUCUUUCCAGUUUCUACCGCUGUUAGUCUCCUGCAACUUGAACAUCUAUGGAUAAGCUUUUGUGGGUUGGAGAAAAUUGUUUCUGAGGAGGAAGUUGACAGAGCCCCUACAUUUUUGUUUCCAAAAUUAGCAUAUAUCCGCCUUGUGAAUUUACAGGAACUUAAAUGUUUCUACCCCCAGUUGCAUACAAUAGAGUGGCCAAUGCUAAGAAAUUUGGGUGUGUAUAAAUGCAAGAAGAUAAAAGUAUAUGGUUCUGAAUUCCCUAGUUCCCGAGCCAGAGAUGGGGAGAGGCAACCUGCCCUUUUUUUGUUAGAAAAGGUCAUGCCAAAUUUGGAAUGGUUGGGUUUAGAUGCUCAUGACUUCGCAUUGACAUUCCUCCACUGUAAUCUAUCUGAGAUCUUUGGCAAAAUUAAAAUGCUUUUUCUGGGUAACUUUGAUGAUGAAUCUGUUGCCUCUGUGUUCGAUUUCCUUCAAAAAUUAAAUUGUUUGGAAAAACUUAGUUUUAUUGAUAAUAGUUGCAAAAAACUAUUCCCCUAUGAACAGGGACAUAUAUGGAAGCAAGGUUUCCGAGGGGACACAUUUCUUCAAAAUCUUCAAACAUUACAAGUACAUAGAUGUCAUUGUUUGACAAUUUUAAUGCCAUCUGGAAUGUCUUUCAAAAAUCUUAAAACUUUAGAGGCAACCAUUUGCGAUGGAUUAGACAAGGUACUAACAUUUGAAGCAGCCAAAGCUCUUAUCAAUCUCACAACAUUGACAAUAAGAGACUGCAAGUUAGUGACAGAGAUAAUAGCAAAUGAGGGAGACAGAGAGGAAGAAAUUGUUUUUGGCCACUUGAAUGUUUUGGAGCUUUACUGUUUAUCAAACCUCACAUUCUUCUGCUCAGCCAACUAUUCCUUUAAAUUCCCCUGUUUGGAGCAAGUUAUUGUGUAUCAGUGCCCAAGAUUUAACAUAUUUUCUCGGGGAGUGUUGAGCACACCAUUGUUAAAGAAAGUACAACUAAUAAAAGGAGAUAAUGAUCAAGAACAUUUUUGGAAGAAAGAUCUUAAUUCUACCAUCCAGCAAAUAUUUAGGAAUAUGGUCUUGUUCAACUCCAAGAGAUAGAGGUGAAAAACUGUGCAUUAGUCGAAGAAAUCAUCAAAAAGGAAGAGGAAAAGGAUGGAGUGAGUGAUAAAAUUAUGAUUCCUCAAUUAAGCUCUGUUAUGCUUGAGUCAUUGCCUAACUUGACAAGCUUUUAUUCUGGAAUGUCCUCCCUUGAAAACUAUUAUCAUUAAGGACUGUCAGAAGGCCCAAAUGAAGGAGUUCAAUAUUCAUCCUGCAUUAUGUUUCACCAAAAAUGUUGAAUUGCCCACCUUGGGUCAUCUUUUUCCUUCCAAAAUUUAACAAUCUUGCUCAUCGGUAGCUUUGAUCAUUUAAAAUAUUUAUUCCCGUCUUUUAUGUUGAAAAGUUUUUUCAAACUGAGGGAGCUUGAGAUAUCUAAUUGAAUGUUCAUGGAAAGAGUAAUUGAUGAAGAUGAAGGGAGAACAAGAACGACUCUGUAUCCUAAAUUAUACCAGCUGAAGCUUAGAGAUCUUUCCAAAACUCACAGCUUUCUGCAAUUCCACUGCAAGUUUUGUAGAAAUGUCCUCCUUAUUCAGACUCUGGAUUGACAAUUGCCCUAGGAUUCAAACAUUCAUCUCCAAUUCUGUACGUGGUGAUAUGACAUCAUCAAGCAAAGAACCUGAAGGAAUGAAUGUAAAGGAGGACUCUACCCACAUGCUAUCUCUCUUUGAUAAGAAGGUGAUUUGUCCCUUUAUUUUGUUUUCAAGUUUUCCUCAUCCUUCAUAUCUAAUUUAUAAUUUUUUAUGAUACUAAUAAUGGCUGGUUAUAUUGUACUUUCCCUAGUUCAGAGAGAUUGCAAAUCAACUAUGCUGAUCAGUUGAUAAAAUUAUGGAACAAUCAAGUCUCUUUGGAUUCAUUUGGAAAAUUAAUUAGUGUGAAUGUAAGAUUUUGUAAAAGACUUGCAAGUGUUUUUCCAUCUAAUAUGCUCUGGAGUCACCAGAAACUAGAAUUUUGGGAAGUAUGAAACUGUGAUUCAGUUGAAGAGAUAUUUGAAGUACUUGAGAAAAGCUCUGGCAUGGUGGAGGAAAUUGUUGCCAAGGAGGAAGCAAUCCCUAGGUUUGUAUUUUCUAAAUUAACCUGGUUGAAUCUACAGAUGCUACCAAGUCUGAAAGGUUUCUACCCGGAGAUACAUAUUUCAGAAUGGCCACGUUUAGAAGUGUUGAAGGUGCAUGGAUGUAAUAAGGUGAAGAUCUUUGCUUCAGAAUUAUGGAGCAUUCAAGGGAGUCAUGGAGACAGUCAAUAAACACUGUUUUUUGUUUACAAGAUUAUUAUUAUUAGCAAGGUGGAAUUUUUCUUACUGGACAACGUUAUCAUCAUUAUCAUUAUAGAUAUAGAUGCAUUCCCUAGCUUGGAAGAACUAGAAUUGUGUGAAAUGCCCAGGCUAUUGCAUCUAUGGAGAGGAAAUUCUCAACCUAGCAAUGCUUUUCAAAAUCUCAAAACUUUAAAAGUGAGAAUGUGGCAGCUUAGAAAAUUCGUGGUCCUCAUCAGUGACUUUCCAGAAUUUGGAAACUCUGCAAGUUUCAAAGUGUGAUGGAUUGAGAUAUUCACUGUCCCUCUCAAAAGCUAAAACUCUGGAUCAACUUAAAAGAUUGAAUGUAUCUAAUUGCAAAUUGAUGGUGGAAAUUAUAACACAUUUGGGAGUUGAAGUAAUAGAGAAUUCAAUUGUUUUUGGCAAAUUGUUUUGUUUGGAGCUUCAGUGUUUGUCCAGCCUUAAAAGCUCUUCUUGUGGGGAUUAUUCUCUUGAUUUCCCAUUCUUGAAAAAGGUAAUUAUCAGACAAUGCCGGGAGAUGGAGAAUUUUUGCCAUGGCGUUUUAACCACACCAAAGCUCGAAAAACUACAAUCAACAGAAGGCGGCAAGGAUGAAGUAGAAGAAUGUUGGGAAGGCAACCUUAAUUCCCCCGUACAAUAUUUGUCCAAAAAUAUGAAUGUGCGGAGCUCCAAAACAUAUUGAGGUCAUUACUUUUAACAGUCUGUGACACACUCUCCAGGUAAAGAGGGACACAUUUUGUUCAAGGUGGAAUGCCCUCUGUGUACACAUUUGUUCUGUUGUUGUUGGAUUUGUUUCAUGAAUUCCAAUUUCUCCAAGUUGCCCAACACUUUGGGCAAACAAGACAAUACAUGUUGGUGCUUUAUUGACUACUCUUUACA